GGCAAGUCGGGAUGGCUGUGACUGACUUGAUACAUUGUAACGUGGGCUAAGCCAGAAGAGAACACUUCCAGGUCAUGGUUCUUCAUGCUGAACCAAGAGGUUAAGCCCAGAAUUUCCAGAAGCAGGAACACUGUCAACAGCAUCCAAGCUAUGGAACCUCAAGAAGCCACCCAGUCGUCUAAUCUGAGAGAUGAUCAAAUUAAGGAAAGCAAUAAAGCAACUGCAUGGAUAGUCUUACAGGAUAUGCUGGAGAGAGAGGAGAAAGAAGGUGUACAGUGCUACCCUGUGUUGGGGGCCAUGUCUGCAGAAGGAGAAGGUGCAAAUGAAGAAGAAUCCAGAGAUGAAACUUCUGAUGGCAGCUCAUACUCCGUAGAUGGCAGAAGCCAUGAUGUCGGGACGAGCAGCAGUAGCCAUGAUGUCGGGACGAGCAGCAGUAGCCAGGAUGAGGGCCAACUAGAGGAGCCGAUCCCCAGGGACACAGAGGGCUGUCAGGCUCUCCCACGUCCACGAGGCCAGCUGUCCCGCAACCGCUACAAGUUCACCGAGUUCCAGCUCCAGGAGCUGGAGCGCGUUUUCGAACGCAAUCACUAUCCUAGUGCUGCGAUCCGAAGGGAGCUCGCGAAAUGGAUAGGUGUGACAGAAUCCAGAGUGGAGAACUGGUUUAAGAGCAGGAGGGCUAAAUUCAGGAAAUGCUUGAGGGUGUAAGUGCUCUGAAGUGUUCCUCAUGGUGCUCGCCGAAGCUGCACUUUUCCCUAAAGAUUGUGGAGGAGUGCUAGAGAACCACCUUUGCUCAGGAGACAGAAGCAGAUGAGAUUUUGCUGCCACCCAUGCAUCAUUUUACUCUCUCUCUCUCUCUCUCUCUCUCUCUCUCUCUCCA